AGUUCUUGGUGCAGCGCCACAGUUAGUUUUUGGUCUGGUGAUGUGAGAACCUACCAGAGGAAUGUUUGCUGUGUUCUUCACAUGGCUUCUGGUAAAAUGUGACGCCUUCAUAGAACAGCUGGAUUUCUGAUUCUGUUUGCUGAUGAAGCUGCUCAGUAUUUCAUUGUUCAGAGUAAAUGCAGCUGAAUGCAAAUCCAGACUUUUCAGAUUUUUAUUUCUAAUAAUAUUUCUCCUACAUCAGAAUUUAUACAUGACUUUCAACUUUUUCAGCUCCCAGUAAAAUCCAGUGUAGUUUUUGGUUGUAACAUGACAAAUUUGAAGGAAUUGAUAUGAUAUUAUAAGACGCUGAACUUUUCAGGUUAACGGUCUCUCUUUCCCAAAGCACUUUAGGAUCAGUUAAAAGAGAUAUUUUGAGGCAGUAAUAGUCUAUAAACCAUUUAAAUCUUGAACCAGAAUGUUAGAUUUUAGCACCAGCUCCUGAAGCUGAUAUAACCUCCAGUGGGAGGCAGAGCUGCAAGCUGUUAGCUGUGCUCAGCCUCCUGUCUCUGUAUUUCAAUAAUUAGACUCAUAAAAGGAACAUUUGCAUGCAAACAGGCUGAACUUUAGUCAAAGGGAGGUGUAUAGUUUUAUAAUGUCAAAACACCUGUGAAAGGACUUGUGGGUAAGUAACAGAGCUGAUGUGUGUCACAGCACUGGAGAGCAAACUCAGCUGAAUAUUAACUUAGUGGAUUAGUCAUCUGCUGUGCAGAGCAAAAGUAUUUGCUUCCUUUCAUAUGUCUGCUGUUUUUUGUCACACUGAAAUAUUUCAGAGCUUAUAAAAAGGCUAGUUUCAAAGAAUAUUUUCAUUUAUUUAGGGAAAAGCUACUUUCCUCUGUUAAAAAAGUAAGUGCCCCUUCAACCUAAUAGUUGCCAUAAAGUGUUUGUGAUAACUAGGAACUAGUCUUUCACAUUGCAGUUUUGAUUCAGCUAUGCAGUUUUGUUUUGUUUUAGCGUGGUUGUUAGUCAGACUUUGACUAGGCCAUGCAGAGGUGGAUUAUUGUCUUACUGUAUUAGAUUAACUUAGACAACAGUGAAUUUGGUCACUAAAUGUUGUUACUUGGCUACCAGAGUGCAAAGGAAAAACACUAAAAACCAAAAACUCUUGUGUUAUUGUUUUUAAGUUCUUAAGGGGAAAGUUUUACUCACAAAAAUCAAUGUGUGCCUAUUUUAUCAAAAACAUUAAAUGUUCAACAUCUUGAGAAAUGAUAUUCACAAGAUGAAGUUGUUAAAAAUUAUCAUCUGUUUCUGAAUGAGACAAAACUUGUUAAAGAUUAUUCAGCAAACAGAUUAUUCCUUUUUCAACUUAAUUUUUGUAUUACAUAUUUAAAAAAGAAACAACUCAUACAAAUACAUUGCACAGAUAUGAUAUUUGUGAGGAAUAUGAUAGACGGAAAGUUCUAAAGAUAACAAAACCAAAAAAUUCAGGUCACAUCAGUAUCACAAAAAGGAGAAAAAAUAAUCUUACCUAAACUUACUUAGUUCAUUUUGAGUCCUUUUUAUAUUUAGCUUUCGUAACAAAUAUAAAAACAUGUCUUCCAAUUUUUAUAAAAUUCUUACAUGUUAAUUUAUUGAAUCUGAUCCAUUUUAUAAAUUUCUUUAAUGAUUCUGUUGUUGGAGGAUCCUUAUUUUACCACCAGAAAUGAAAACCUUUCACUCCAGAACGUUUUGAGCUGCUUGGUUUUGUUUUCUCUGUUGGGAAAGGCAGUAAAAGCUCCUGACAGGCUCCGCCUCCAGCUUCUGACUGGUUUCCCAUCAGUGUCUGUUGGUACAAACACGCCCUGCACCACUUACUCUCUGUCACUCCCUUCCUUCUUCUUCAGAUGCGCAUGUACUGUGUUUGGUCGUUGCUCCUCUUCAUCGUGUUCUCUGAAAUGACGACUGCUCGUUGUGAACGCUGCCUUCCUGCCCUGUGAACACUCUCUCUGCAGCACCGGAUGUGUGUUAGCAUUAGCAUGUCUGGUUGAGGAGGGGAGGGGAAGCGGACGCGGGGGGCGGGUCCCUUGCGUUUUUCUGUUCCUUCUCUAAGCUCCGCCCUGCAGCAUCUCUGGCUCCUUCUACUCCUCUUGUCACUGUCGCCACCGACUGUCCUCUCUAACCAAUCAGCUGUCAGAUGCAGAUGCUCCACCCACAGCCAGAACCGCAUGCACGAGUCGCUGAAGCUCUUCGACUCAAUUUGUAACAACAAGUGGUUUAACGACACUGCCAUCAUCCUCUUCCUUAACAAGAAGGACCUGUUCGAAAACAAGAUCAUCAAGUCUCCGCUGACCAUCUGCUUCCCAGAAUACACCGGUCCAGAUAAUUACGACGAUGGGAUUGCCUACAUCAAGUCUCAGUACGAAGGCAAGAACAAGUCGCCCAACAAGGAGGUGUACUCUCACGUGACCUGCGCCACGGACACCAACAACAUCCAGUUCGUCUUCGAUUCUGUCACAGACGUCAUCAUAGGCACCAACCUGCGGGGCUGCGGCUUGUACUGACCGGAUGCUUUUACUUCUGUGGUACCUUGUUAUGUCACGUGUGUGGGGCCAAUUCGAUUGGUCAUCCUGUGAGAGUUGGUCAAAUGAUGUCCUCCUUUACUACAGAGCAGACUGUUGGUCCAGCUUGAUUUAACUCGUUGGUUGGUUGGCUGAAACUUUUUGCUGUUUAGUCCUGGACCACUGCCGCUGCGUACUGUUGUUUUUCUGACCUUACCUGACCCCAGUAAUCUUAUCCUAGCCCCUCUGUCUCAGGCCUUUAUACCAAACAACGGUGUCCUGGUUCAUUCUGUAAAGGGGCAAUUGUGAGAAAAGCUUAACAAGUUUGUUAGAUAAGCCAUUAAUGCAUACAUAGUGUUGUAAGAAUUUUCCAUUGCUUAAUGCUUCAUGCUAUUUGGCCUCAUAUCACGAGAUUCCUCAUCAACCUCGUUCAGAAUCCAACAUGGCUGCUGCAUUUGUAAUCUUAGCUCCUAUAAUUACCUGAUUUUUUUGCAUUACUGAAUUUGCAUUUCAUUGAAUCAGUCGCGCACACAGUACUCUGCUAUCUUUGUUGCUACGGUGAUUGAACACAAUAGCAAACCAGAAAAUUGGGUUGUUUUGCUACCGCAGUUAGCUAGUCUCUGAAGACAAACGUAAGCUAAUGUCUGUGGUUUUAAUUGAACACACCUACAUUAACUAUGUCUUUAUAUUUUUGGAUUUUUUGUGGAAUGUGACUCCAAAUUAUUCAAAAGAAAAGCUUGAGCAGCUAAAAUACCUAAAUGUAAUGCUCACUGACAUCGUUUGCAAAGCAUCCAAUCCUAUUUUUCCUUGACACAGAUUAGCUGUAACUCCUGAGAGCGGAAAUGAGGAAAAUGGUUGAUGUUCUGCAGUAGUGUUAAGACGGUUUCCAUUGUCUGUAUUAAUAUAUAUUAAGGUAUAUUUGGUGUUUGAACUUUUAAAGUAGGGAGUUAUAAGCAUUUCAGGGGAUGUUUUAGUUAUUCAUUGGUGGUUAUGGUCUAUAUCGCUUAUGAAUAGCAGGGAUGCCACACUUUUCUCUACGCUGUUUUCUGCUUAGUGACAAAUAAUAUAUUGUUUGGAUAUGUAGUAUUUUUUACCGUUUUUAAUAAUGAAAACCAUUUUUGCCUAGUUUUUCCUCUGGCUUCUGAUAUGAGACAUAGGACCUGAGAAUCAACCACAUUUUAAACAAAGAACAUUAUUAUUAAAGAUCUCACCAUGUUAACCGAAAGUAAAUACUUUCAACUCUAACAUUCCUUAUUACAUAAUUAUCAAUUGUGUGCUUUUGUUUUUUAUUUGUAGACAAUUAGGAUGUAAAUGGAGGAAAACAGGAUCUGAGCUGGGAGGAGGUAGCAUCAUUGCCUCAUGUUGCAGUGUGAACGACUCCAUUAUGAAACCACUUAAAACAAAGGGUUAGAAAAGCUGACUCAGCCCGGCAGCUACCGAUAGUGGCUGGAUGGGCGCAUCGAUUUCAGCCCGCCCUGAGACUACAGCCAUUAUCUGAGGCUGCUCUCUGUAACAGUCCUGCUGU